AUGCCGAUUAUCAAAUCCGCGUCGACAACAACAGCAAGCGAAUCUUCCACGAACGAAGCACGCGAAGCAUUGGAUUGUCUUCAUGAAUUAUCUCAACUUCUCAACACUGGUCUUGACAAGAAAACAUUAACAGCGUGCGUUCGAUUACUUGAAAGUGGUGUUCAUCCUGAUGCACUCGCGCAAAUCAUUCAAGUUCUACGAACAGAAACACGACCAGCAAAAGUUUAA